AUGGCGGCUCCGCGGCUCCGCUGGCUGCUGGGGGCGCUGCUGGCCGUGGCGGCCGCCCCGUCGCCGCCCUGCCCGCCGACGUGCGAGCCGGAGCGCUGCCCCGGGCGCUCGGCGCUGGCCUGCUCGGCGGCCGGCGGGGAGCUGCGGCCCGACCGCUGCGGCUGCUGCUGGGAGUGCGCGGGCGGGGAAGGGCAGCCGUGCGCCCCGGGCGGGCGCUGCGCCCGCGGACUCGCCUGCCGGAGGCCGCCGGGCGGAGGCGGCGCGCGCGGCACCUGCUGGUGCGCCGAGUCCCCGCUGGCCGUGUGCGGCAGCGACGGGCGCACCUACCGGAGCCUGUGCCACCUGCGCGCCGAGAACCAGCAGGCCGGCCGUCGGAGGGAGCUGCCUGUCAUCGCCGUCCAGAAGGGCGGCUGCGGAGAAAAAGGUGCGCAACCCGGCGAGAUGCCCGGGCUGGGAGAGCUUUCAAAGCAGCAGUCGGGUUGGCCGAGGAGGGAGAGCCGGCAGUCGACCUGGGAAGGCCAGCUGCCGGGGAGACAGCAGGGCGAGGAGCUGCUGCCCGGCGGCGGGUUGUUCUCGGGGGCAACCCGGGGCUGGACUGUCGGCAGAUCAUCUCCCGACUCGAGCCUUACGCUUCUCAGCGGAGUCCGCUCCCGGCUUCAGCCACUCGCGAACAAGUGCAGAGUCCUCAGAAGAGGAACGUCUGUGAAGCCAUUUGGGGGACUGGCGGCUGAAUGUAUGGAUGGAUUGCUUGAGGUGACGUCGGCUCAACUGCUGAGCCCCAAGUUAGAAUUUUGGGCUCCUCUUUUCCUGCAAAUGCUAGAAGUGAAUUCUUAGCUUAUUCAAAUGUUGCAAAAAGGAAGGAAUCUGUCCCCUAUGAACUGACUCCCUUAGGAAGCUGUUCUAGAAGUUUGCACUUUUCCUCUAGUUAACCCAAGGUUGCCUGCAGCAGCCUUUUCUACCUAGGUACUCUUCAGAGUUUGGCACAGGUAUUACAAUUCCCAUCAGCUAGGAUAGUUCCUGGCUAGGGAUGAGGGGAGUUGCAAUCCAAUAAAAUCUGGUCCACUUUGAUCCUUUCUGCAUACACUUUAUGUGUCCUUUGUGUAUUUCUUUUGUGUCAGGUGCAGACUCUAGACUGUAGAGCAGGCAAUCUCAAUCCAUGGUCUAUGGACCACACUUGGUCUGCAAACUUCAUCCAGGUGUUCUGUGACAUGUCUGGCUUUGUGGCUGAACAUGGGAGAUGGCACAUUUGUUGUAGUGCAUAUUAAUCUUUAAUCUUCAUAUUAUUAAUUGUAAUACAGUUAAAUACAAUGUACAUUACAGUUGCUGCAACAGACAGAAAAAUCAUUAAAUGAUUUUUAAGUGGUCCAUGGGGUGGGGCUGGAGUGGAGUUUGGGAACCUCUGCUGUAGAGCAGGGGAGAGUGGAUCUAUCAAGAGCCUUGUAGUGAUUUACAGUAGGUAAGCAAGACUCCUCUCAGCUCCCUAAUUUUGAAAGAAAGCAGCUGUAGCGGAAAACCAGGAGUGGCUUUUCAUGUGACAGGACUGAACACAAAUGCCUGGGCUAAGCAUAUGCCCAGAGGCCCCUUGCUCCAUAUUUCUAAGAAUAUGUUGCCAUUCCGCUGCUCUCUUGCAUCUUGCUCCAGCUAGAGGCUCUCUGGGAUCCAGUAUAAAAACAAAAUAUAUCCUGUCAGUCUGAAGUUUGCCUGUCCCUGCUUGCAGAGCAUGUUGAGAUCCAACUUUGUAUUGGACAAGUGCCAGACACAUCCCUUGCUUCACAGGUCUUGUGGACCCCAACAGUCUGCGGUACAAGUUCAACUUUAUUGCUGACGUGGUGGAGAAGAUUGCUCCUGCCGUCGUGCACUUGGAACUCUUCCGCAGGUAAGCUCCAUUAGUUAGAGGGAGAAAUUAGCCACUUGUCUGCCCAUUAACUUUUUUUGCAGAGGUUAUUCCUUGGUCAACUGUGGCGCUAUGGGAGCUGCCUCUCCCAGCUCUUUAAAGCAGGCAUAGGCAAACUCGGCCCUCCAGAUGUUUUGGGACUACAACUCCCAUCAUCCCUAGCUAAUAGGACCAGUGGUCAGGGAUGAUGGGAGUUGUAGUCCCAAAACAUCUGGAGGGCUGAGUUUGCCUAUGCCUGCUUUAAAGCCAGGAGCUUCAGCCAAAGCAGUGAAUGAGGCCAUUUUCAGCCUGGGGGAAGGGUGGUCUUGUGUGGCGAUGCUUAAGACAUAGUCAUCACGGCUUGCACACUUUUGUUUUAUUUUAUUACAGCAGCAUAUUGAACCUUGGUCACUUGGUUUAAGAAAUCUUGGUCAGUUCAUCAUAUGAGUUUUAAACGAUUAAUGAAUCAAUUGAAUCUGCAUACAUUUGUUUGUAAAUAAAAACAGUUUUUGAAUAAUGUAACCAUAUUUUAAACAAUGCAUGGUUGUGCGGCAGCAGGGCACCAUGCAAUGUGAGAGAGAAUGCCUUUUCUAAUAUGGCCAUUGGGGUUUUUAGAAAUCAGAAACCAUCAAUUUUUUAAAAAAAGUUUCCCAGUUCAGAGGCACCUUUCCAGUCAGUACAAAUAUUGUUUUUAAUCAAUUAAUCCAUCUGAUUGCUCAACAAAGCCUGCAAAGUGCAACUAAGCUAUGUAAUAUGAAGGCACUUGAUUGAGGCUGCAACGUUAACUGCCUAGUGAUUCCUGCUGGAGGGUUUUAGGAGAUGGUGGAGGUGCCCUCUGCCAGCAGAAAAGCACUGCCUUGGUGUGGCCCCUGAGAUCUUUCUUGAGAGCUUCAAACUGGGCAUUUGAAGGGCUAGGCAGAGCUGAUGGUGGAUCUCCGUAAUCCAAAGUAAAUCCAUUCCUCUCAGGCCGCACCAGCAUGGAGCUGGUGUAAUUAAUUUCUCUCCAUUGCCCUCAAAUGAGGAUGGAUGGGAAUUAAUUAAAUUUUACUGAUACGUUAUCUUCCACCUAGAAGAGCUUUUGACAGGGAAAUAGAUCCACUGCUUGAUUUUAGGAUUACUAAGCAAUUUGAAGGCAAAUAUUUCCAUUAGCUGACUGCCCUGAUUAAAGCUUGGCUUAAUUUUUAUUUGAGUUAUUGUCUGAUAGGAUAUAGUAUAGUCAGAAGUACUAUGCAUGGAUAACUUAGGAGCAGAUCUGAAACAGCUUUCAAUAGGCAUAAUGUCAUAAUCAAUGGGCUUAAGCAUAUAGUUUAGUACAGUGGUACCUCGGGUUAAGUACUUAAUUCGUUCCGGAGGUCCAUUCUUAACCUGAAACUGUUCUUAACCUGAAGCACCACUUUAGCUAAUGGGGCUGCCAGAGCACAAUUUCUGUUCUCAUCCUGAAGCAAAGUUCUUAACCCGAGGUACUAUUUCUGGGUUAGCGAAGUCUGUAACCUGAAGCAUAUGUAACCCGAGGUUCCACUGUAUUGGAUUAUGGCCAAAGUCUUGUUUAGCUCCAGAAGACCCCAUCAGCCACCUGGAGACUCAACUUGGGACCUUCUGCAAGCAAAACAUGUACCUGCUCACUGAGCUGCAUCACUUUCCUUUAUUUUCUUGUUUUUAUAUCAAACUUUGAACUAUUGAGUGGUACAAACAUGGAUGUUAUAUGGGAAUUAGUUAGAUUUGCAGAAGCUCAUAUGCCUUAAGAGCUUUCCUCUUAAAUAUGAUUUGCAGUGUGAAGGUCAUCCUCCUCUCCUCUCCUCUCCUCUCCUCUCCUCUCCUCUCCUCUCCUCUCCUCUCCUCUCCUCUGUUGUCUUGUAUGGAAAGUUUCUUGUUGUUAAUAUUUAUUUAUUUAUACAUACAUACAUUACAUACAUACCCCGCCCAUCUGGCUGGAUUUCCCCAGCCACUCUGAGUGGCUCCCAACAGAAUAUUUAAAAAGCGAUAAAAUAUCAAACAUUAAAAACUUCCCUAAACAGGGCUGGCUUCAGGUGUUUUUGGUACCUAUUUGUAUUUUGUUAAUCCAAAGCUAAAGAGUAGGACAGAUACAGUAUUUGCAGAGCAGGCUCUUCACUUCCAGCAUAAGCCUAGAUUUGUCCUGAUUUUGCAAGUUUCUGCAACGUGCAGACCUUCCAGCAAGAUGAGAGAUGCUGGGUGAAAUGUGUGAGUCUUGUUUUUCCUCCUGGACAGGCCAAACAGUUUUUAAAACACAUGGUAUGUUUGGUCGUGUGUUUUUUUUUAUGCAUUCAGCUUUCACCUCAUGCUAUUUUCUUACUUUUUUUUUUAAAAAAGCAAACAUUUUUAUGGAUGUUGCAAAAUUGUUAUGUAACAUAGGUAUGUUGGUGGCAUGACAGAUGCUGGCCAGUCAGACUCCUGCAUUGCUCGCUUUUUCCCAUUGAAGUGGAUAUGUUUCUCCCUCAUACUGUACUUGCCCCAAGCUUGUCACAGGGAAGGAAAGGUUACAUUUGGACUGAUUUGUUGGCAGGGUAAAUAGUCUCACUGCUCUAAACAUGCUAUAUCUCCAGCCUCAUUGCUCAGACCUUUGUUUUUACCUGUUUUAAACAUGCCUUAAUUUUAUUUUUAAUUGUAUUAAUCUGUUGCUGGGCUUUGAGAGGAAGGGUGGGAUACAAAUUGAAAUGAUAAAUGAAUGAAUGCAGAUUUUGUGGCUAGCGGUAGUGAAUUCGACUCUGUGUGACCCUGUGGCAGGUCACCUUACACAAACAAAGAAGUCCUGGUAUCCAGCGGUUCGGGCUUCAUUGUGUCCGAGGAUGGCCUGAUCCUCACCAACGCCCAUGUUCUCACCAACAAGCAUAGGAUCAAAGUGGAGCUCCAGAAUGGCCACCAGUUUGAUGCCAAGGUGAAAGAUGUUGACCACAAACUGGACAUCGCCCUGAUCAAAAUAGACCCCCAGGUGAGAACGGCUUUGUUUCUCAGCAGGACAAGAAACCCCCAAGGCUCAGACUCUUUCUUGUCAUAUUACAGUGGUGUAAAGAGGGUGGCAGAAUUCAUUCCAUAAACUGGGCUGGUAUUUGAGAGAGCAGAAUCGAAGAAGGCCACUACUACAACUGCUGCCUCUCAAGCCUGCCGGUCCACACACUAGCUACUUAUGGGCAGGAAGAAACAAUGGUAGCUUCUCUGCCUACAAACUAGUCUGAAUUGCCACAGGGGACCAGGUGAGUGACCCCUUUAAAAAAUAAAAACCAUAUUUUAAACCCUGUGCAGAUGGCCCUCCCAGUCCUCCUGCUGGGCAAGUCCUCUGAGCUGCGUCCUGGGGAGUUUGUGGUGGCUCUGGGCAGCCCUUUCUCCCUGCAAAACACCGUGACAACGGGAAUUGUGAGCAGCACGCAGAGAGAUGGGAAGGAGCUUGGCCUUAAGGACUCUGACAUGGAAUACAUCCAGACUGACGCCAUUAUAAAUGUAAGAGACUCGGGGGGGGGGGGGGAGACGCUCCUCCAGCUCAAAUGGGGCAGUCAGUAGCAUUGCUGCCAGGAGGUUUGGUGGAGUUUUGGUUUGCCAUUCUUCUUGGGUUUCUCCUUCUGUCUUGCAUGCAUGCCCGCCUUCUCUUUGAUCUUGCAGUGGGUAGAAAUGAAUGAGGAGGGAUUCUUUGAGGCUUGGGGAACCUCUAGCCUCCAAGCCAAAUUUGGCCCCUGAGUUUCCCUCAAAACCACACUCCCCUGCCCCACCUCAACGUCAUAAUACCUGUAGGACUGCCAACAUGCCAUUGGGAGCCUUAAAGGGUCUUCUGAUAGUUCCUUGGAAAAGAGGCUUGUCGUUUGCACCAGUCAGCCGGUUGCCAGUGACAGCCUGCCCAAUGAGAUAUCCACGGGGAGCUCCAUAGCGCAUCCAAGCCCUGCCAGGAAAUGGAGCUUGAAGCAGCACAAAUCACCUGAUUGGCAGCUACUUCAAGCCUGCUGAGACCAGUGGGGACCCUGCCCAAGGGGGGCUUCAAGUCAGCACCAACCAGCAGUAACUUCAAGCAAUGCUUGCUUGGCCUUUGAGUUUCCAUGGUUGUACAAUUUGCCGUGCUGCAAGAGAAAAAUGGGUCCUCUGACAUUGUGUCGUGUUGACAAGCAAGUGCAGCCCUGCCAGGGAUGGGGGAUCUGUUCUGACCCACUUGGAUAUUCAGGCAGGCACAUAUUUACAUAUACAUUUUUGCUUCUUUGAAAUGUGUUUGUCAGGGACCUUAAGUUCUAUAGGAGAAACUGUUUCCAUGAGUGCACAGAAGCACAGGUGGGGCCUGGGGUGGGAGCAGAUGGUUGAGAAGCUGAAGCCAAGUCAGUCAGAGGCUGGGGCUUUUUUAGAGAGUGACUUAACACACUACAAACCUAAGAAAAUUCUGAUGAUUGUAGGCAAAAUGGGCUGUAAACUCUUUGGAAGCACAUUGGCAAAUGUUCCAUCACCUGUGAAUUCUGUAAGAAGUGGAUUUGGAAUGCAUUGAUUAACCCCUCUUCAAUUCUGUUCUCUUUUGCAGUAUGGGAAUUCUGGAGGGCCAUUGGUAAACUUGGUAAGAUAUUAUUUUAUUGUUUCUCACCUCUCAUUUUUGUCUAAACUUAAAGUGUGUUUUUUUAUCAUUCUUCCACUAGCCACUAUCUGUAUUUUUUGUGUGUAUUUAAAAAAAAUAAUACAUUUAUAAAGGAAAUAAUGUGAUAAGAGAAAAAAGGUGUGAAAGGGGAUGGAAAUCCUUCCAUUUGGCCACAGCAGCUGCUCUCUUUCCAUUAGGAUGGUGAAGUCAUUGGAAUGAACACCCUGAAGGUCACAGCCGGCAUCUCCUUUGCCAUCCCCUCUGAUAGAAUCCGCCAGUUCCUGGAAGAUUAUCACAAUCGCUACAUGAAAGGUAAUAGGAAGCCUGCUUCUUGUUUUGUGAGGUAGGGCUCCCACGCAGACACUCCCUGUAGGCAGUAGAAACGGCUGUAACUCAGCGGGAGAGCAACUGCUUUGCACCCCAGGAUCAAUUGCCAACAUCUCCAGGCAGAGCAGGUAAAGACUCUUCUCUGAAUCCCUGGAAAGGAGAUUCCCACUUUCUUAUGAAUAGACGUGUUUUUAAGGCUAUCAGAGAACCUUCUGUCUAGUUCACACAAUCCCUCUGUCCUUUUUUUGAGUGCAGAGCAGGGGAACACCUGCUUGUUUAGGCCUUUGUGUACACAGAGAAAGAGAGGGGGCCAGACCCAACCUGUCCUUUCUUUUCAUGACUUUGUUGAGAAUGCUUCUAACUCUCAUGUCUCUCUAGGGAAGAUCAGACCCAAGAAAAAAUACCUGGGACUCCGAAUGCUCCCUCUCACUUUCAAGUAAGUCUUCAGUCCCACAUCCCUGUCUUUCACCUGUGUGGCUCCCGCCUGGCCUCUGUGUUAGGCCAAGUUCAUGUUAGUAUUGCAUGACUGAAGCCCCCCCCAAAUAAAGUUAUUUGAGUACUCAUUUGCCAGUGGUCACUCAGGACCUGUUCUGUAACCUGCCCCUUAAACCAUUAUUUCCCACCUAGUCCCUAAAACAGCUUAAGUGGGAAACUUAACAUUUGCUCAAUAGGUAUAACUUGGGGAAAUGUUGACGGUGGUGAUGUCCUCAGUGUUCCUCUUUCAAGCUGCAGUAGGGCACCCCACCUCCCCAGACAAAUUCAAACUAGUGAAGGGUGUGCAGUCUCCUCACACCCACCACCAAUGCCCAUGUAUUGUCCCCUGCUGGCAGGGAUGUUUCCUGGCAGCACUAUCACCAGUUGUGGGGGGAGGGGUUGGGGGAGGCCAUGGCUUGUUAUACUCACCUCAGUUGUGCUGCUAAACACCUACAGUGUUUUGAUUAGAUUUGGGAUUUCUGCAUUUAGUGGGUAGACCACCUGAUUGACUAUACUGUCCUGAUCUUUUCCCUUAGUCUCAUCCGUGAACUGAGACGGCGGGACAGGGAUUUCCCAGACCUGAGCUCGGGUGUCUAUGUCUACGAAGUGAUUCAAGGAACAGCAGCUGCAAGGUAAAAUAUUAAUUUCUACCCACCCAUAUACUAUUGGGAUUGGAUAGAAAGUAAGAGUGCUUGCCUUGCUUCUCUGGGAAUGUUUCUGAUUUAGAAAUGCUGCUCUCACACACACUUUCUCUGCAAUGAUAAUACGGUGCUACCCAAGUUCUUGCAGAAAAUGUUAAAAAACAAAAACAAAAUUGCAGCACAGAACUGGAUCUUGGCCACAGGGACACACCUGUGCUAUAAGUCAGCUUUGUUCAGCACCCCCCCCCCCCAUAUUUCAUGCAUUGAUUUAAGUCCCUUAAACCCAGUAGUGAACUAUGUUUUAAUAACAGCAUAACGGUGUAUGUUGUGUUACCUGCAUUAAACACUGGACAUAUUGCAAAGCAAGUGCCCUGCUGUUUAGUUCAGCAACAUCGGGGGAGGGGGGGCUAUGAUUCUCCACACCUGCUGGAAGCCCUACUCAAGAGAUAGACGGGGGCAGCUGAUUUUUGAAGAGUGCACUCUGGCUUUGCACCAGUGCAGCGCUUAGCUAAGGCUGGCUGCAGCAUUUGUUAUGGUGGUUCAGGUUGUGAAUAAGGGUCAAGCAUAUUCUUGAAGAGGUAAAAGCCAUCCUAGGUAAGUGGUACCAGUCCUCACCAGGCUGCUCUGUUUGCCUAUCUGAGCAGAGGCACAAAAUGUCAUCCCUUCAAACUUUAUUAUGAGGGGGUCUUGCUGAAGCCAGUGAGUGAGCUGUUAUUGCAUCCAAUUCCCUGUUCCCCAUGGGAUUAAAAAAGAGAGAGAGAAACACUAUAUUCUUUAUGAAGAUUUGUACAGAGGUGCAUUUACUAAACUGUUUGCAUAACCAUGGCUCACACGAGUCUUCUAGGAGCAGGAAUAAUUAGAUAGGAAAUAGCCCAGGGACAGCCUACCCACUUAGACCCCUCUGUGAAUGUUAAUCCCCAAGGCGGGCAGGAAACUAGGGCAGCCUGAGGCAGCUGUAGAAGAGUUCCCUGUAGAAAGGGUGUCUUAACAGCCUGCAGGUGUUUUGGACAACAGCUUCCCAUCAGUACCAGCUGCUGGAGAUGUAGUCCAAAACAUCUGGAAGACACUGGGCUGGGGAAGGCUGCUGUACAGAGAAAGGCCUGAGUGAAGAUCACAAAGUGUGCAAACUAUGUUUCCAACUUUAGAACAAACUUAAGGUGGUUUUACAGUAACACUUUUAAAGCAAAAUUAAAACAAAACCUAAUAAUCUGGGUGUACACUAGGCUGGGCAAUAUGUUGAUAUAUCAGCCAAAACCAGUUUGAAGUUCAUUGUGUUGUUCCAUAUUUGAGCUGGCAAUAGAUUGCGAAUCACAAUGUGUGUAAGGGCUAGGCAAUAACUCACCAACUAAACAUCACGCUAACUCACCAGCUAAACACUACAGUGUUAUCAAUGUCCUGGCAACUGCUACUACUUAGGGGACUAAAACAGAUAAAUGGCAAUAUUUUUGAUCAUCACACACACAGUUUCAGCAGCAGGCAAGCCAAAAUACAUCCAAAUGAUGGCACUCAGGACACUCCAAAGUACGGUGAUGAGUCACAGUGAAUACAAAAAAUCUGGGACUGCCAGCAGGCCUGCUAGGAGACAGAAACAGCUUGCCAUGACCGCAGUACAUGUCGGCAAAGCGGUGACAACCUGCAAGGCCUCACAGUGGCGGCACAAUCAGUGGUAGUCUGCAAGCCCUCAUGGCGACAACGGGAGAGGGCAGAAGUAGCAGUGGCAUCUUGCAAGGUCUUGCAGCGGCAACGCAUUGCACCAAUAGUAGUGGCAGCCUGCGAGGCCUCAUGGCAACACCAGCAGUGGAGCUUGCAAGGCCUUGCCAUGGUGGCAAGAAGUGGCGGUGGCCUGCAAGCUCUCCUGGCAGUAGUGGUAGGCGAUGGCAGAAGCUGUGGCAGCCUGCCUUAAUGAGGUCUUGCAGGCCACCUCUGCUUCUGCCAUCUUCUGCCACAACUGCAAGGCCUCACAGUGCUGCUGCCACCUCACAGUACUACUGCCACCGCCAUGACAAGGCCUUGCAGGCCAUUGUCGCUUUUGCCUCUGCCACAAGGUCUUGCAGGUCACCACUACUGCAGCCACCGCAACAAGUCCUCGCAGGCUGCCACCGCUUCUGCUGCCACUGUCCACUACCAAAGUGAGGCUUCACAGGCUGCUGAUUAUUGUGCCACUGCCAGACUGCCACUGCUCCCCCCCCCCCCCGAUCGUUGAUUCUGCCAUUGCCAGGCUGUUGCUGCCGCUGCCGCCUCCUAGCAGGCCUGCUGGAAGUCCCAGAGCAUUGGUAUUCGCUAUGACACAUCACCAAACUUUGGAUUGUUCUGAUUACCACCAUUUGGUAGCCAAGCCCAAAACCAAAAGUCUCAUUUGGAUGCAUUCUGGCUUGCCUGCUGCUGAAAGUACCAUGAGGUGAAUACAGUGGUACCUCGGGUUACACACGCUUCAGGUUACAGACUCUACUAACCCAGAAAUAGUGCUUCAGGUUAAGAACUUUGCUUCAGGAUAAGAACAGGAAUCGUGCUUCGGCGGCGCGGCGGCAGCAGGAGGCCCCAUUAGCUAAAGUGGUGUUUCAGGUUAAGAACAGUUUCAGGUUAAGAACAGACCUCCGGAACGAAUUAAGUAUUUAACCCAAGGUACCACUGUAUAAUGGUCAGGGGUCCCUUUACCUUUACCACUGUAUAAUAAUUUAUCAGUUUUAGACCCUUAAGUAGUAGCAGUUGCCAGGACAUUGUCCUAUUUGCCUCUGCGUAGUUCUUCUUUUUUUGAUACAUCGAUAUAUCACAAUGUUUAGCUGGUGAUAUAUUGCAAUAUUGAAAACCAGUUAUCGCCAGCCCUAGCGCACUCUCCUGGGGACAGAUGUUGGGCAGCGGCUUCCACCCCAGGUGCUUGUCUGUCAAAAUGUGACUGCAUCUCACACGCUUUCUAUGCUGAAUUACAGGGACAGCUGUGAUGCAGCCCUGAGGGCAGAUGUUCAUACAAUUCCCUUUAGCCCAAAGAAGUUUUGUACUGACAUCCAGUACUCUGAAAGCUUCCCAUGUUGACACAUGGCCACUAAAGGUGGUAAGGUCUCUCCUAAGAUAGGAGUCCUUGCAGUGCUUCUUCCAAAGCAACCUGUGCUUCUUUUAGAAGUUAUGUGUGCAGUAGGAGGAAGGGGCCAACCUGAAAGAGUACUUGAUAAGGGGAAACUAAGGCUAUCUAACAGUUUGGCCACAAUAAAAAGUAAGUGUGCCAUAAUCAAAUGCUUCCUAUAUUUUAACAUUUCUGUCUUUGGUUGCAGUGCUGGCUUGCAAGAUGGUGAUGUCAUUAUAGCAAUUAAUGGGAAAACAGUCACUUCAACCCGAGAUGUAACAGACACUGUUCAAAACAGUGACACCCUCUCCAUUGUUGUACGGCGAGGAAACGAAGAUCUCAUUGUGACAGUUACACCUGAUGAAAUUGAUUAAAAAAAGGUGCCCUCUGCAGAAAAAGUUUGUGUUGAAAUCCUAAAUUGCUGUAUACUCUUAUCAGAAACAGUUUAGGAAAGAACUGUACAAAGUGGAAACAUACUUGUAGCUCUUAGUUUUCCAGUAUGAACAAAUCAAAUAUUUCAAAUAGAAAAUGGACAAGCCAUUUUCUUUCUUUUUUUAAAAAAUACUCAUUUAAGUGAGACAAAACAGUCAAGCAGGGGGUAGGAAUUCCUUUCAAUCACAGAUCUCUGUAGGCUGAAGGUCACCUUGUGCAAUGCCCCUACUACACACAAACAGAGAUUUAACUUGACAUCCCAUUUUCUAGUGGGCCAACUGAAGAGCUGAAGGUGUGCCAAAUGUUGGAGGUUGC